GUCAAUAAAGUGUAAAUAAUCAGUAAGGUAAUAGACUUUCUUUCGUUUGGUCCCUGAUCCACUUGGUGGCACAUCUUUAAGUUGGCGUAAAUAUCGUCCACGGAUAUUUCGCCACUUUUCUUUACAAUCAGCCACUACAAAAAUUAAUAAUCACAAUUAUAAUAUUUUUGACACUUUAAAACUAAAUAUGUUCAGUAAGUGUAUAAUAUAUAAAUAUACUCAUACAAUUAUAAAAAAAUAAUUUGAAGUACUAUGAGUUGUUUACUACUCUUUAGAUACCUUGCAAUGGGAGGUAACGUUAAAGCACACUCCAUGUAUUUUUUGAGAGGAGAGUCUACUACAAGGAAUAUCAUUGCAGAAACAACUAUGGCCAUUUGGGAAUGCCUAAAAGAAAAAUAUAUGCCGCCACCAACAAAAGAAAAAUGGGAAAACGUUUCGCAACGUUAUUUGGAUUUAUGGAAUAUACCCAAUUGCCUAGGUAAAUUUUAUACUAAAAUGUCUACCUAACUUAAAUUUAUAUAAUUUGAAGAAAAUAAUUAAUGUUAUUUUGAAGGUGCUAUAGAUGGCAAACAUUUUAAAAUUAAAUGCCCUCCAAAAACGGGAUCAGCUUUUUUCAACUACAAGCAAUAUUUUAGUAUUGUUUUAAUGGCAUGUGUAGAUGCUGAUGGACUUUUUUUGACCAUUGAUGUUGGUGAUUAUGGUAGGAACAGUGAUGGUAGGGUGUUUAGAAGAAGUUCGUUAGGCAAAGCCAUUGAAAAUGAUUUGCUGGAUGCCCCUGACCCAAAGCCUUUACCUGGCUGGGACUCAAAGGGCCCUUUCCCACAUUUUUUUGUAGCAGAUGAAGCCUUUCCAUUGAAAAAAAACCUGAUGAGACCUUUUCCCAAAAGAUCAUUAAAUAAAACCAGAAGGAUUUUUAACUACAGGUGCUCCAGAGCCAGAAGAAGCGUAGAAUGCUCAUUUGGAAUGCUUGUUUCUAAAUUUAGAGUAUUUGAGCAACCUCUAGCUUGUAAGGUAAAAACAUGUGAAUCUGUUAUUAAAGCAGCAUGUGUUCUGCAUAAUUUCAUACGAAUGCGAGAAGGUACAUUUUCUACACCAUCACAUCCUCAAUCAAUUGAUUCAAUGGGAGUACAAAAUAAUAAAGAACUACCACUUAUUCAAGUAGCAAGACCCACAAGAGUUGCAGAAAAUAACAGAGAGUUAUUGUGUAGUUAUUUUAUAUCAAAUGAAGGUCAGGUACCUUGGCAAGAAAAUUGUUCUUAAUGCACAUUUGAUAUAGGAAAAUAAUAAAUAACUUUUAAAUGUUAAUUAAAUAGUUUAAAAUAAAUA